GCCAUGGAGGAGCGCGGGUCUCCAGACGGGGACCCCGCACGGAGCCAGGAGCUGGGACUGGAAGGGCCGGAAACGCCCAUCCAGGUGGUGCUCAGGGUGCGUCCCAUGAGCGCAGCCGAGUUGCGUCGAGGGGAACCGAGUGCGCUGCACUGCUCCGGGGCCCGGACCCUGCAGGUGAGCCCCCCGGGCGGUGGCCCAGAAGUGGCGUUCCGCUUUGGCGCCGUGCUGGACGGGGCACGCACACAGGAGGAAGUGUUCCGGGCAUGCGGUGUGCGGCGCCUGGGCGAGCUGGCGCUGCGCGGCUUCUCCUGCACCAUCUUCACCUUUGGCCAGACCGGCUCGGGCAAGACUUACACGCUGACUGGACCCCCUCCCCAGGGGGAGGGGUUGCCUGCACCCCCUGACCUGGCGGGCAUCAUGCAGAGGACCUUUGCCUGGCUGUUGGACCAUGUGCAGCAUUUGGCCACCCCUGUCACCCUCCAAGCCUCCUACCUGGAGAUCUACAAUGAGCAGGUUCAGGACUUGCUGAGCCUGGGGUCUCCCAAGCCCCUGCCUGUUCGUUGGACCAAGACAAGGGGCUUCUACGUGGAGCAACUGCGUGUGGUGGAGAUUGGCAGUCUGGAAACCCUGAUGGAACUUCUGCAAAUAGGUCUGCGCAGGCGCAGGAGCUCUGCACACACCCUGAACCAGGCUUCCAGCCGAAGCCACGCCCUGUUCACCCUCUACAUCUACAGGAAGACUGGAAGCCCCCAGCUCAGGAACGAGGCUGACCCACAGAUGCCUCCUAUGUACCCCGGGGAAGCCCCUGGCUGUGGGAAGCUGUGCUUUGUGGACCUGGCUGGCAGUGAGAAGGUGGCGGCCACCGGAUCCCGCGGGGAGCUCAUGCUUGAGGCCAACAGCAUCAACCGCAGCCUGCUGGCCCUCAGUCAUUGCAUUUCCCUGCUGCUGGACCCCCAGCGGAAGCAGAGCCACAUCCCUUUCCGGGACAGCAAGCUCACCAAACUGCUGGCUGACUCACUGGGGGGACGUGGGGUCACUUUAAUGGUGGCCUGUGUGUCCCCCUCUGCCCGGUGCCUUCCUGAGACUCUUAGCACCCUUCGGUAUGCCAGCCGAGCCCAGCGGGUCACCACGCGGCCACAGGUCCCCAAGAGUCCUGCAGCAAGGCAGUCCCAGCGUGUGGACACGGAGGUGCUGCAGCUCCGGGAGGAGACCCGUCACCGUCACCUGCGGGCCCAGCUGGACCAAGGGGACUUCAAAGCCUCCAGGCUCAGUGGGACCCGAGCGGCCUGGGCCCAGCAGAACCUCUAUGGGAUGCUACAGGAGUUCAUGCUGGAAAAUGAGAGGCUCAGGAAAGAGAAGAGCCAGCUGCAGAGAAGCCGGGACCUGGCCCGGGAUGGGCAGCAAGCCCUGGCCCAGCAGGUGCUCGAGCUGGAGAGGCGCCUCCUUUCCGCUAGCUACCCUCACCAGCCGGGACCCUGCCCCAUGAUGCCAGCUGUCCCCUGCCACGCACUGCCUCCCCUCUGCGCCUGGCCCUGCUGCCACCUCUGCCCCCUAUGCCGAGCGCCUCUGGCCCCCUGGGCCUGCCCUCGGAGGGAAACUCACCUGCCCCAGAUGUUUGGUUCUGAGGCCCUGUCCAGUGACCCCCUAUCUGCCAGGCCCCCACCCUGGGCACCACCUCGAAGCUCUGCCUCCACCAAGUGCCCCAGAGAGAGGACUCACUCUGACUGGACUGAGACCCGAGACCUGGCAGAGAUCCUGACCAAGGAAGAGGUGGUCCCAUCGGCCCCGCCCCUGCCCGUGGGCCCCCCUAGCUCAUCGCCAGUGCUGAGAGCUGGGCUCCCCAGCCUGGCGCGGAGACUGGAGGCCCUCCGAGGCCAGAUCAGCAGCUCCCUGCGCCUCGGAAGGGGCCAACCACCCCCACAAGAGGGUGUCCGGGCUCCCAGCCACAUCCUCCCUCCCUGCUGAGCAUCAAGUGGAGACCCUGGAAACUGCUGAGUGACCUAGGGCUGGGCUCUGCCAUCUCCCCAUCUGUCACUCUCCCCGUCUGUCAAGUGGGACGGGCCUGCUGCUGCACCUACAGCUGUCCACCAGGGCUGGGCUGGUGGCACAAAGGAGGGCUGCUGCCCCAGACCGCGGGCAGUGAGCAGGCUCCCGGGGAGCCAGGCAGCAGGUGCUGGUGGACACAGGUGAAUAAAGAGGUGUGAGCUCCGUG